AUGGCUUCAGCCGAACAAUAUACAUAUGAAAUCCAAAAAAAGAGGCUUGAUAAAGGUAGAAACCUACAUAGAAGUCCAAAUGCUUGAGCAUGUCACUCCAAAUAUAGUUACAUCCCACAAGAAAAGUAGCUUCGGCUUGAUAAUUCGUGUAGAGCUCCAAUCUCAGCUAUUAACAGGCCUUCCUUUCACAUCCUUUUACUAUGAUAUUCAUCUAGAAGGAAAAUAUCCGUUCCAGUCUCCAAAAGUUCUCUGCGAAACCCCAUUUCCUUUCCCAUCCCUAUCAGAUGGUAGAGAUCUCUUAUCAUUAGCAUUAACAUUACUUUAUUGAGUAGCUCCCGGCUAUACCGCAAAUGGUAUUUUCUCCACCUUGCUUCUGCCUGCCAUCAAUCUAUCGGCUAUGCUUUUCUAAAAAAUGGGCUCUCACAUUAAUCGGAAUUUAGUAGGAUGGGUCACCGUGCCUGAGCUGACUUCGGUUUUCUAAAAAUUUCGAAAAACGAAAUUUCUAGCCGAAGUGUCGACCAAAAUGGAGCUCGUUGCCCAGGGUGCAACUCUUAGUAUCGCUCUAGGAAAUUGCCCGAAUGUUCAUAAGAACUUUGCUGGGCUUUCCCUUUCCCACACCGAGCAUCCAUCUUCGCCAGAUGUAAAGCCUUGACCUAGAUUGAGCUUGCGAUCGGUCAAAUCUGAUAUUGCGCUCCACAAAACCAAAUAAAACCUGGCCGGAUAUGCAUCACCGAGCGAUUCUCCCUUUCACGAGGUCCAUGAGUCGCCCCAGCUAAAGGUAUUAAGGGUGAUGCUUCGCAAAGCCAUUUUAAUCUAUAUCCAGAGAUCUCUUAUCAAGCAUAAUUAAAAGAAAAUGGACUCCUAGCAUUACUUCUUUAGACGUUAUUAACGCCUUACCAGCAUUUACUGCAGAAUUAUAUCAAAAAUGAACUGAAGGUCUUCAAGCUGACAUAGGAGUGUUUCACUUAGGUCAUCCAAUGCCUCUAGAAAUAUGGGAAAAUAAAGAAGGAAUGAAAUGCUUUAUGUGUGUAGAAAUUGACAUAAAUGAUGAUAGAAAUACUAAAGAAAAAGUGAUUGUCGUGACCAACUUAGUCAUUUUGCAGCUUGAUGUAAACCCUGACUUCCCUAUGAUUGGCUAUCUCACAAAUUGGGCUACCUUGCAGUCGUUAAAUGCAAUUAACAGAUCAAGAAGUGAUCGAAAUGUGCUUGUUUUUGACUGAAAAGAAAUGGAAGAAAUUCCUGCUUGCAGCCAAAAAUUUAAUUUUUCUGAAUCUGAAGAAUGCAUCCAAUUGAUAACUCAAAACAUACACAAGCUCAGCACUAUCAUUAAAAAGCAAAACAAAAAAACCCUCCAAGAAGAAGAGGUAAAGCCAGAGCAUAUAAAAAAUAUGCACAUUGACGAUAUUUUAAAAAAAAUCUCGGAAUAUGAAAAUAAACUGAAAGGGACGGUUAAUAUAGAAAUAAUUAAUAGCCUCGUGAAUUUAUAUCAGCAAGCUAUUGAGUAUUUUUCAGCAAUAAAUGAUGAGAAAUUUCAGGUAUUUUUAAAUAAAAUGCAUAAAUUGUUGUCGAAUCAGCUGAUUCAAGAUGUGAUGCAAGGGAGAAUUAGUGAAGUUAGUGGUGUCGCUGUGUUCGAAGAAGAAAAGAUAGAAGAAGAAGUUAAAGUCCUUGAAGAAGACAAGAAAGAUGUAGAGCUGGAAGAAAUAGAUUCAGAACAUAGAAGUGAAGAUCAAUAA